CCUCUUUCUCUGCUGCUCUCACUGGAGACCCAAUUUUAAUCGUUCGCUGGCGUUGUUCGUAGUCUUGUUCCCUCUUUCAUGGUGAUUACGAUAGCCGCCAUCGUUUGAGCUAUCUACCUUCCACCCACUGAGAACCAGAUCAUCCCCCAGUUUUUCUUUUUGGUGCUUUUAGCAAAGUGUUGACACGGACACCAACCGCAGCCAUGAGGAUGCAUACGCGCACAAUCCUUGCGCGCAGAGCAGUCGUUUAGCGCAUUCACACAAGGGCAAGUGGAUCGAUACGCGAACACUUCUUUAGUCGUCGGAGUUUCCGGGGAAAGAAAGGGUUUUUGAUUCUCCGCAGCAGCGAGCAUCUGAUGCGUCGAGUUUCUGAACGCCUAUAGGAGAGUCUCCGAUUCUUUCUGCUAGAGAUCCAUGGAAAGCGCUGGUUGUUGUGAUUUUACAUGUAAAGUGACCUAGGUUUUUCCCUUUCAUGGUUGAGACUGGAUUCUGUGCUUAAGAGAUAGUAGGACGGCAUACUCUAUUUCUAAAUAGUUCAGCUUUGGCAAUGGAGAAACAACCAAGAAUCGGAGCACUGGAGAAGUUGCAGAGCCUCCGGAGCUUUCGCAUGGACAAGCAAAAAAGCUUUCGUUUGGGAGACAGACAGCGAAGCUUCAAAGAAAGGAAGAACAAGGAUAGCCCCGGAAAACGAGGGGAUCUGGAUCUCCACCUCGCUGCUAGGGCUGGCAACGCAUUGCAUGUGCAGAUGAUACUCUCGGAGUGCAGUGAGGAGCAGACGAAGGAGUUGAUCUACAAGCAGAACCAGGACGGUGAGACUGCGUUGUAUGUUGCUGCAGAAAAGGGUCAUGUGGAGGUUGUUAGGGAAAUAUUGAAGGUCUCAGACAUUCAAUCAGCUGGCAUCAAGGCCAACAGCAGCUAUGAUUCAUUUCAUAUUGCUGCUAAGCAGGGACAUCUUGAAGUUUUGAGGGAUCUCUUGCAGUGUUUCCCCGCACUAGCCAUGACCACAAAUUCACUGACUUCCACAGCCUUCGACACUGCCGCAACUCAAGGACAUGUUGAUAUUGUUAAUCUGCUGCUAGAAACUGAUGCAAGCCUUGCUAAGAUUGCGAGGAAUAAUGGGAAAACAGCCUUACAUUCUGCAGCAAGAUUUGGACAUGUUGAUGUGGUAAAGGCCAUCCUAGAAAAAGAUCCUACCAUCGGUUUGAGGACUGAUAAGAAGGGGCAGACAGCAUUUCACAUGGCUGUGAAGGGCCAAAAUGUUGAAAUCUUAAUGGCAUUGCUGGAGCCUGAUAAAUCAAUAGUCAAUUUGGAAGAUAGUAAGGGAAAUAGACCUUUGCACAUGGCUACAAGGAAGGGCAACCCAAAGAUUGUGCAAGCCUUGCUACAAGUUGAAGGGGUUGAGGUAAAUGCAGUGAAUAAAGCAGGUGAAACUGCCCUCAGCAUUGCUGAAAAGUUGUCAAAUGAAGAUAUUGCUGCUAUUCUGAGAGAAUUUGGUGCAGUUGUUGCUAAAGAACCAGCAAAUACAGCAACGGCUGCGAAGCAACUGAAGCAAACAGUCAGCGACAUAAAACACGAUGUUCAAUUUCAACUCAAACAAACCCGUCAAACCGAAAUGAAGGUGCAGAAGAUCAAAAAGAGGCUUAAGAAGCUGCACCUUGGAGGUCUCAAUAACGCCAUCAAUUCCAACACUGUGGUUGCAGUUCUCAUUGCCACUGUGGCGUUUGCAGCCAUAUUCCAACUGCCGGGCUCCUUUGUUUCAGAUCCUGAAGAGGGCUUUACCCCUGGACAAGCCUACAUUGCGGAAAGCGCAGCAUUCAUCAUAUUUUUAAUCUCCGAUUCUUUGGCUUUGUUCAUCUCACUGGCUGUGGUAGUUGUUCAGACUUCCUUGAUUGUCAUUGAGCAGAAAGCGAAGAUGAGGAUGGUUUUUGUGAUGAACAAAUUGAUGUGGCUGGCCUGCCUCUUCAUAUCGGUUUCCUUCAUCUCUCUUACAUAUGUAGUCGUGGGAAAGCAUGAUUUGUGGUUGGCUUGGUCAACUAUGGCGAUUGGUGCUACAAUUAUGCUGACCACUUUGGGUUCAAUGAUUUACUUCGUAAUUAUUCACAGGAUCGAAGAAAAGAACAUGAGAAACAUAAGAAGGAACUCGAGGAGCAGGUCUCACUCCUUGCCUAUGUCAGUUGGCUCAGACUCAGAGUUACUGAAUAGCGAGUACAAGAGGAUGUAUGCUCUUUAGAAUGGAUAUAUAUGAUCUAUACUUGGAUGCCUACACUUGAAGAGCUACCGAGAAUCCUGACGCAGUUUUUAUGCAGUCGGCAAGCUCCUGCUAGAGAACUUGCCAGCUACUUCUCACCAUUGACAUGGUGCAGUCGAGGGCUUAGUAUGUGUUAACCUCUGUCGAAGGUCCAUGUACCUGGUAUUCAAAGAGUUUUCUGCUAGAGUUAUUUUUAGUUCAAGAUGCAGUCAAUUCUGGCCGAUGCCGGUCACCUACUCUGAUGCAUGUGCAUCUUAUCUAUUCUUUGUAACGUCGGUUCAUCGAUGGAAAAACUCGACUUACACAAUGCGUCAAAACUUUUUAAGAUCGAUAAAUUUGCAGGUAACAAGUAUCCCCCUUGUAGAUAUUCUCCAUUUGUAAAGGAGAGUGGAAAUUUGAGAUCUUUGCCUGUUUUUAAGAUACUAGAAUUUCUCUAAAUUUUCUUAAAAGAGAAAUUUUAUAAAA